AUGCAAGAGCCUAACCAGUCCUAUGUGACUGAAUUCAUCCUUCUGGGCUUCUCCUUCGGUCCCAGGACCAUGCCUCUGAUCUUCUCAACCUUCCUGAUGAUCUACCUGUUGAUUAUUCUGGGCAACAGCAUGAUCACUAUCCUCAUCUGCCUGGAUUCUCACCUCCACACACCCAUGUACUUCUUUAUUGGCAUUCUCUCUCUGUUGGAUCUGGGCUACACCACUACAACUGUGCCCCAGAUGUUGGCACAUAUGGCCAGCCAGACGAAGACCAUCUCUUUUGCCAGCUGUGUGGCCCAAAUGUACAUUUUCUUGGUGCUAGGCAUCACUGAGUCUUGGCUUUUUGCCAUCAUGUCUAUAGACAGGUACGUGGCCAUUUGCCACCCACUUAGGUACAAGGUCAUCAUGAGCCCACUGUUGUGUGGGGUAAUGGUCAUUUUCUGUGGACUCUGGGGUGUCAUCUCUGCUCUUGUCUACACUGUGUUUGCCAUGCGUCUGCCCUACUGUGGCCCCAACAAGAUCAACCACUUCUUCUGUGAAGUUCCAGCAAUCUUAAAACUGGCUUGUGCAGACACCUCAGUCAAUGAUCGAGUAGACUUCAUUCUCGGCUUUAGUGUCAUCCUGGUUCCACUUUUCCUUAUCCUUGUCGUUUACGUAAACAUAUUUGUUGCCAUCUUGAGAAUCCGUUCAGCCCAGGGGCGGCUGAAAGCCUUCUCCACCUGUGCCUCCCAUAUCACUGUGGUCACCAUGUUCUGUGUGCCAGCCAUGGUCAUGUACAUGAAGCCUGGCUCUGAGUCCUCACCAGAGGAAGACAAAAAGUUGGCCCUGUUCUACAAUGUCAUCUCUGCUUUCCUCAAUCCCAUUAUCUAUAGCCUCCGAAAUAAAGAUGUGAAGCAGGCAUUCCUCAAGGUGACAGGCUGGGGCAGAGCCCCAGAAUGA